GAGAUGUGAGCCGGGAGACAAGAGCCUCCCGAGUAUCCCCAAUGUUCCAUCGGAGACGGUCAUAUUUGUCCCGAGUAUUCCAAGCUCUUCCCUUACUCCACGGAGCUAAGCAUCCAGCUCCGAUAUGGUGCUCCCCUGGUGUAUGAGAAGUGCUCUCAUCAUUUCGGGUGGAUGAUUUUCGGUGGUUUUGUUGCUCGGACUGAGCGUCGCCGCUACUGCGCGACGAGGAGCUUGGGGAUCGAGUCUCCCGGGCGAUCGGUCGAGAGGGAUUCGAUGAGGGAAAGAGAUAUUGGAGAAAGAGUAUGGGUACGAGUGGAAUACAACGCGGAUUCUCGAAAUCGAGGUCGCCUGCUCGCUGUCUCGUCAGUUUGUUUCAAGUUGGAUCAUAACUUACCGCUCGAAGCCACCCUGUGCCCCGCGGCACGGCAUUUUGUGCUUUUUCAAACGCAUUGCAAGGGCUUCAGCGGAGUGAACGCAAAGGCUGAGGACAGUCCAAUGAACCCUUCUCCUGUGUUGUACUUGCUGUUCUUUCGGGGUGCCUCCUUCUCCAAUUCCCACCCUCUGAAGCAAGCUUGCCUUAAUAAAGGCAAGGGAGGAACGAAGGUCGUACCCUUCCUGCAUUGUUUGAUGAUGUUCCUCAAGGUCGGGGAGGUUGAAUUGUAUGUCGGGUUGGUGGUUUUGAUUCGCUGCCCCCAACAAGCUGGAGCUGCUCGUGAAAGGGCCGGACGGCCGGCGUGGCAAUUCAUCAAAACACGACCAUUCUAUCAAGGGUUGCAUUCCAAUGCAAGCACAGGAGAGUGAAUACAAUGACGAAACUACGGGCUUUGCCACGCUGCUCCUUCGAUUCAGUAUCCCGGGGGAGAACUUUGCUGCCGCUCUAUCCCGCCUCCCAGGGACGCUCAGGAGGCGCUCUAAAUGGAUACAUAAUCAAUCCUCCAUCCUAUCCGCCCAGCAGAGGGGGAGGGCUGUUUGUAUGUGUUCCGAAGAGUCGAGUGGCGUUCGUGUGGGGUGUAUCGAGGGUCGUGGGCUCGAGUUACGAGGAAGUCCGGAGAAAGGAGCCCGUAGCACUGACACCACCGAGGGCAUCGGAGCAAACCUCCUAUGCCUUCAGUUCUUCAGAUGAAUACAGCUACAUGCCCUAG